AUGAAUUCGAGUACGUGGCUCGUCCAGGAUCAGAGGUACGGCCUCAUAUAUGGUUCCAUCCCUUUUCUUCAUGCAUUUGUCCUAUAUAGCAAUCAGGCACAUUUCGCUCUCAAGGCUCUUAACGGACACUGCACUCAAUAUGCCGCAAAAGGCGUGAGCUGGGAACUCCCAGCAUUACAACGCAUUCCCAGUCCCAGUCCUCAUUGUCUACGACUCGUGGACCAUUUCUUCCUCCCUGGUAAGGGCAGCGCGGGGAGACACCUUUGCCUCGUCACACCGCUUUUGGGGGGAGACAUCACUCGGUAUGCUCGUAGCAGCAACCUCCUGCGAUAUCCCCUGCCAUUGGCCAAACGUAUCCUACUCCACACGCUUCGCGCUCUGAACGACCUACACGAGUGCGGCGUCGUCCACACGGACAUCAAGUCCGAUAAUAUCUUCUUCGACACUACACUCUCGAAUGAGGACAUCCGCGCGCUUCUCGAGUCGGACCCUUUGCGACGGCAUCAAGCAGAGGCAUCCUACGAUGGGAUUGUUCAUGCAGCUGUGUCGCAGCCGCUGCCUCUACCGACGAUGGAAGAGUUUGCGAAGCAGACGUUUGUCUUGGGUGACUUGGGAAGUGCGCAGCCUAUCGGUCAGCGGAUAACAGAUCACAUCUGUCCGGAGAGCUUGCGCCCGCCUGAGAUCUACAUUGGAGGUCCGUGGGAUGAGAAGGUUGAUAUUUGGUCGUUUGGUUGUUUGGUGUAUGAGAUCGUCACAGGCGUCCCGCUCUUCAAUACCAAGGAAGGAACCGUCGACGGUGUCCACCUCGACGCGACGGAAAUCAUGCUCUUUCAGAUGAUCGCUCAUACACGCGAGGUGUUCAUGGCCGAGCAACUAAGUGCGAGUUCACUGGCUGGACAGUAUUUUAAUGAAACCUGCCGGCUAAAAAAGGGACCCGGGCGUUAUCUCUAUCAGACUGAGCAUUGGGUGGUGCAAAAUAGUGAUGGGGAUGUCGGUAUGGAUGAGGCGAAGGAGGUGGUACGGUUUAUGCGGAGGUGCUUGAGGCUCGAUCCUAAAGAUCGGGGGAGUGCGAAGGAGUUGCUGAGGGAUGAGUGGUUUGGGGAUGCCUGCCACGACGAAGAUAGCAGUACCUGA